AUGAGACGGUUAUCCUCGAGAACCAUAGAUAGGAAAGUGGUGGAGGAUGGACUUAGCCAGACCAUUGUGACCUUGUCACUGAGACAACAACUGGUGAUUCUGAUGAAAUGGUUUGAUGGGUUUCUGAGCAAAGGCGAUGAUUGUCCAAAUGUUCAAAGAGCAUUUGAGGUAUGGUGGAGGAGAGCUUUCAUAAGGCAGGUCUUGACAGAGCCGGAUGCAUCGCAGCUGCAGAUUACACUCCACGACUAA